AGACCGGGUUCCUCCACAAGGUGGUUCUCCUGGACCAGGGUCCCCAUGUGAUUGAGGAGAUCCGGGUCUUCACAGAACCUCAGCUGGUCCAAAGCCUGGUCCUGUCCUCCUCUAAGGGGGUCCUGUAUGUGGGCUGGUCUGGGGGCGUGGCAGCUGUACCUGUGGCCAGGUGUUCGGUCUACAGGAGCUGCUGGCAGUGCAUCCUGGCCCGAGACCCUCUGUGUGUCUGGAGCCGGUCCAGGGAAGUCUGCACGGGUCUGGACCAGAAUCAGGAGGACAUAGUCCAGAACCUGGACCUGAGACGCAAGGAGGACCUAUGUAAGGACGACACCGGGAUCACCGACACAGAGGUCUGGUCCCGGCUGAACGAGACCGUGUAUCUCCCGUGUCUGAGACCGUCCAACAUGGCCGUCCUCUCCUGGACCUCAAACCAGUCUCUGCCGGAGACGGUCUUCUUCCGCUCGGCCGACGGCAGCCUCAGGUUCCUGGUCUCCCCCGCCACCGUCGGCAGGUACGUGUGCACGGCCGAGGAGGGCGGGGUCAAGAAGGUGGUCUCCAGAUACGUGGUCCGGCAGAGUCCCAGUCCCAGAGGUUUCCAGAAGCCCGAAUCGUCCAGCGGUCCAGAGGACAGGUUUGAGCAGAUCCCCACUGUGGAACCAGCUGCAGAGGACUGGGUGACAGAAAGUAAAGACAGGAAAUUAAUAACCGAAGUUCAGCUGCAGAGCUGCUCAGAACAGCCGAAGGACCUGGAGACAACAGCUGAAGGUGAAAAACUGUCAGCAGGACUUGAAGACGGUCCUCAGGAAGAACUUCACCCCGACACUAAGACCUACUACAGAGAGCUGGUUGUUGUGUCCCUCCUGCUGGCCGUGUCCCUUCUGGUCCUGGUUCUGGGCUCGGUCCACAUCUGGAGACAAAAGAAGACCGGCUUCGGGUCGGACCGGAUGGUUUCUCCAGAGGACUGCAGCAAAACAAACACGUCCAUAGAGAUCUGUUCUCUGAGUGCUCCGGAGGACAGGGGACAGACCAAUGUUUACUAACAGGGUCCAGAACCAAGUCCAGAACCAAGUCCAGACCGCCUCAAACCUGGACCACAUCCUGCUGACUCUGUUUUACCCUCUCACAUAUCAGAACCCAAACCUGUUAGCAUCUGGUUCAUGACUUUAGCUACUGUUUUAGUCAUUUUACUGAUUGUUUAGCUCAUUUUAGCUACAGUGUUGAACAUUUUA